AUGCAGAACCUUGACGACUCCGUCCUCCGAGAGCUCUCGCGGCUCGACCCCGCGGUACCUUUCCGCGCAUACCCCAAUCAUCUCCAUCACACGUGGGCCAGGACCUUCUUCUCGCGACCUGAACUGUAUAUACGACCGCAGUCGAUUGCCGAGAUCCAGAAAGUGGUGACGCUUGCCCGUCGAUGUCGUCGUCGUCUGAUCACCGUCGGCAGUGGCCACUCGCCGUCCGAUUUGACCUGCACGUCGGCUUGGAUGAUCAAUCUAGACGGUUUCGCCCGGGUGCUGGGCCUCUCGCGUGAGACGGGGAUGGUGACGGUUGAGGCAGGAAUCAGACUAAGGGAUCUCGGUACAUAUCUGGAGGAGUUUGGGCUGACAUUGUCCAAUUUGGGGAGCAUUGACGACCAGUCGCUCGCGGGAGUCAUCACUACUGGAACUCACGGGAGCUCCUUGCGACAUGGGUUGAUUUCUGAGUGCAUCACAUCGCUUACCUUGAUGCUGGCUAAUGGUCAGUUGGUGCGCUGCAGCGCCACCAAUAACGCAUCUCUUUUCCGAGCGGCUCUCAUCUCUCUAGGUGCGCUGGGCAUCAUCGUCGAGAUCACCUUCAAAGCGGAGCCAACGUUCAAGAUCGCCUGGCGACAGACUAGACGCUCGCUUUCCAGCGUCCUGGCUGAAUGGUCAGCGGGGCUCUGGACCUCUCACGAGUUUGUCCGGGUGUGGUGGAUGCCGUAUCAGCAGAGUGCCAUUGUCUGGCAUGCUGAUAAAACUGAUCUGCCUCUCAAAGCCCCACCAGCAAACUUCUAUGGAGAGUGGUUUGGAUACCAUGUCUACCAUAACUUGCUUGCACUCUCGAAUUAUUUCCCUCGGAUUCUUCCGUGGGUGGAGUGGUUGGUCUUUGGAUUGCAGUACGGAUUCAAACCUGAGUCCAUGGUUACAGAGGCGGUGGAGCCGGCCCGUGAAGGUCUGCUGAUGAACUGUCUCUACUCACAGUUUGUCAACGAGUGGGCACUGCCAUUGGAGAAGGGUCCCGAGGCCAUCAUCCGUCUGUCUGCGUGGUUAAAUGGAGACAUGGAGACCGCGCAGAUCCCGCUGCCGGUAGAUGGGGUGUGGGUGCAUUGUCCUAUCGAGGUUAGAGUUUCAGACACGACGCACAGCCGGAACCCUCGCCCUUUUCUUGACCCGACGUCUGCGGAUGGUCCAACGUUGUAUCUCAAUGCGACGCUUUAUCGACCAUAUCUCCGGGAUCCCCCGUGUAGGGAUCGGUAUUACGAGGCGUUCGAGUGGCUUAUGCGAGAAAUGGACGCAAAACCACAUUGGGCAAAGAAUUUCAACACGACGGGCCCGCAAGAGCUACGAGAGAUGUACGGCAAGGACAUGGACGACUGGUUAACAGUGCGGCAAGAAGUCGACCCUGAUGGCAUGUUCCUUGGCGAAUGGCAUCAUCGCAAUCUUGCUCUGCUCGGUGCAGAGAAUGGAUCAGUCUAUGUAAAGCCGGCCAUUCUGCCUUUACUGGAGCACGAGAAGGCCCGUCUCAAAGCGGAUGUUCGCGGAGCCGGGGAUGGGAUAGAAUGGAUUGGAGACAGGCGAUGGCUGGUGAACACAGGGAACCAGGAUUUUUCAUCCAGUGGAGAGAAGAGCGGCCAUCUUGUCUCGGAGGGGGCGAAUGCCAGCUCUCCCACGACGGCAACGAGCGAGGAAAGUUUUGACCUUCUGGCUGCUGGUGAGGCUAGCAUCAUUCUUCCAGAUGACCGCCUGUAG